AUGACUGCCACAGCAACAGCCCUGACAGCAACAACCGCCACUACGACCAACAAUGCUCCGCAGCCUCCAACUUCAAACGCCCGCCUAUCAUGGGGAUGUCACAAUUGCAGUCUCUUCUUCGACUCAGGGGAGAUGCAGAGGGCUCACAUGAAGAGUCCCUGGCAUAUCUACAAUCUGAAAAGACGCAUCUCUUCCUUGUCGCCUAUAACACUAGAAGUCUACGAGAACAAGAUACAGACACCAAUUGAGCCGCCUCAAGCAGCUCGGGAACACAAUGUCGUCAAGGCGAUUAAUGAUCAAUCCCCGUCACCAAACCAAUGUCUCUUUUGUCAUCUGAGGUUCGACGACAACGGAGCCGACGAAGUGGGCGAAAUCGUGGAGCAUAUGGCUUUUGCCCACGGAUUGUUCAUUCCUGACCAAGAUCUUCUUUCGAGUCAAGCAAGCUUCCUCGGGUAUCUAGCUACACAGAUACGGGUGUGGCACGAAUGCCUGUACUGUGAGACCUCGAGAACGUCUACAACAGCCAUCCAGAGCCAUAUGAGAGACAGCGGCCACUGUAUGCUCAAUUUCGAGAAGGAGCCCGAGCUGUGCGAAUUCUGGGAGCGCAGGAGUGGCGGAGGAGCACACCCCACUAGUCCUGGCACCAAGUUAACGAGAAGAGGUGGGCAAGAGCUACACCUACUAUCUGGAAAGACAGUGGGCUCGAAAUCGUUUCGUCGACCAAAAAUUCCAGCCACAGGAGCGACAAACGUAUGUCUCGCUUUGCCAGUUGGUCCCGAGUCAUCGGGGCACCACGACCCAUCCAGACAUCAAACUUGCCACCAGCUGUCUCGCAGAGAUGAGAUGGGCAUACAGAACAUAAGCUUCCAGCAACGCCAUGGCCUUGUAGUAGCAGUGAAGAGAUCGCAGAAUCAAGAAGCAAUGGCGAGGCGCGCGAAAGAGUGGACGUCUGCGCGGAAGGCUAAUGAUCAGAAGCACGAUCAGAACUAUGGCGCUCUAGCGUGGGCGAAGGGCGGUAUGCACAAUCUGCUACCCAGAUAG